GAACGAAUAAAGCACAAUACCCGUGCAUGCCCCGUCGUCCAACACCUUCUCAGCAAAAGCGUUCAUCCUUCCGAAGUGCAUCGUCUCUUUCCGCAUAUUUCUUCUCUUCUGGAGUCAUCCGGCGUUGGAAUCAAACAAUUUUCACCCUCUGGCUUGCACGCUCGUAGCGGGAUUGGCGACGGUCGCCUUCCUAGAGCUUGCGUCGUUACGGACGGAUCAAAAUGUUGAGAAGCGCAUUUCUGGCCUUUGCUUUCUGCAUUUUGUCCUCGCCCAACGCGCUGUCUAGAAAUGCCACACCUCGAAUAGUCCGUAGUAGUGGAAAUUCACCAUUUGCACCGUCGACUACCGAUGAAGCCCUCAGCGAAUCAGAUCAGCGAAACGAACUUCUGCGAACCCCAGAGCCAUCCGUCCCACUGAACACGCUUCAUCAAAGACAAUCGUCUUUACCGACUCUUGUCUUUUCUUUCGUCGUGCCGAGUCUGGAUCAAACCUUCGCCCCUCUCAAAGACCUUUUUCGCGUGGUCGUGGACGAUCUGCAGGCGCAGGGAGUUCUGUCUGGGGCGAAUAUUCUUGUACAGCCGAACACUACGGGACAAUCACGGACAGCUGUUGUGGGAUCCAUCGUGAAUGUUGCUACAGUGGACCCGUCAUUAGGGGUAAUAGAUUUGUCACCAUAUCCGCUUGAUGCGGCUUCAUUAGCAAGUCUUUUCGCAUUUCCCUUAUGCGAACCGCGAGCGGACUUUCAAGAACUUUCUGAUGCGGAUACCUACACGACACUGUUCCGCACGACAACAGACGACUCUCUGCGCGAUGCUCCGGUGUUGGACUUCGUAGCUGACCAAGGGUGGCCGCAAAUCACAAAUCUAUACACAAGUAGUUCGAGAACAGUGAAUGGGCAUAAACACGUAACAAAUCGUCUAACAGCUGCGUCCGAUAUCAGGUUUUGUGAACAGACGAAUGAAUGUUUCCGAGUCUGCUUCAAGCAUCCCCGGUUCGACAGUCAUCCUUAAGCGUACGACGAACGCCUCAGCACCGCCAGAUUACAGUGAUGCUCUAAAAAGGAUUCGGAAUCUGAACACAGGAAUCCUCGAUUGCGAUGUCGACGGUUCAACGCUGCUGGCCUUUCUACAGCAAGCUAGAUGUUGGGCCCCAACUUCCUCUACAUUAUUCAGAGGG